AUGUCUCAAUUGUCUACACACAAUAUUAAUGGACAUAAUCGUCAUCAUCACCAUCGACCCCAAGCUCACCACUAUGCCUUACACAAGCAACUGAUCGGUGUUUAUUCGGAAUCUGAUAAACUUGAUGCAGUAUUGAUGCAUCGUCCUGGACGAGAGAUUGAACGUCUCACACCAGAAAACAAAGAUAUACUCUUAUUCGACAAUAUACCUAAUAUCGAUGAGACUCACCAGUCGCACGAUGCUUUUGCUGAUGCUCUACGCAAAGAAAAUAUACAAGUCUUCUAUAGAAUUUUUCUGAUACUGCGUAAUUGGUUUCGACGGAGUGAAAGAAGAGCUUCUGUGACUGCAGCAAGUUUCUGA